AUGGGAAAAACAGCUCGAUCUCAUAGUAUAUAUGUGGCAGUAGAACGUGAUUAUGACCGAAUGAAAAUUCAACAAAAACAAGACACUAAACAAGAAAAAGAUCAUCAUAAUCUCGAACGUAGAAUGAUGGCAAGUACAAAAUGGAAUCAACCUACGAAUCAAAAACCAUCAAAGCAAAAUCAUUCAUCAAAAACGUUAGACGAAUUUAUGCAAGAUAGAAAGCUUCAAGAAGAAAAUAUAAUUAAUGCAAAAAAAAUGGCUAAUGAAAGAAUUCGUCGUAAUUAA